AUGCCUGCAAAAAAAGAAUUUCCUACUACACUGAGACAUACCCUUAAAACACACAACGGGCCUGUAAACGCCGUCACAUUCUCCAGCUAUCCCGGAACUUAUGUUCUCACUGGCUCCUCCGAUCGCUCCGUGCACAUAACUCGCGCGAUUCCCAAUAACGCAAACAAUGGCUCCGUUGUAGAGACGACGGCUCCAAUUCAGAAGUACGAGGCGCAUGGGUACUCAGUGCUAGAUGUCGCUGUUGCAGGGGACAACUCACGAUUUGCCAGUGUAGGAGGUGAUCGGCUGGUAUUUCUUUGGGAUGUUGAACAGGGUGGCACCAUAAGAAGAUGGGGCGGGCAUAAUGCAAGAGUUGAAGCAGUCCAAUUCGCAGGGGACGGCGAUGCGGUCGUUGUUUCUGGCAGUGCGGAUACUACUAUUAAUCUUUGGGACACCCGAUCAAACGCCCACAAGCCUAUCCAAACCCUGACUGAGGCCGGCGACACUGUCUCUGCAUUACACACACACAUGCCUACAUACUCGAUUGCAAGUGGAAGCUACGAUGGCCGUGUGCGCACCUACGACAUUCGAAUGGGCCGAACAACCGUUGAUGUUCUAGCGCAUCCUGUCACCAGCGUUCGCUGCUCGGCAGAUGGGAAUGCUCUGCUCACUUCUACGCUGGACGGAAGAAUCCGGAUGUUGGACCGAACUGAUGGUAAACUGCUCAAGGCAUUUGGCGGAGAAGAGACUUCGAAAUCGGUUCUAGGGGGUUCAAAACCUGCCUAUCGCAAUACUGAGUUAAGGAUACGGUCCGUAUUUGCCAAGCGCGACGCUGUUGUUCUUAGCGGCAGUGAGUCUGAGAAGGGGGAUCGAUUCUCUCAGGCAUCUGCGUUUGCUUGGGAUGUGUUGAGUGGGGACGUCAUUGCGACUAUUCCUGCUGGAGAGGGGGUGAGGGCAGUGAGUUGCGUGGCAUGGAACGAGAAGGAAGGCGUAUGGGCUGGUGGCUGUUCCGAUGGAACUGUCAAAUUGUACAGCUGA